AUGCCUGCAUAUACAUCGAGAGAAGUCGGCGACCCGUCGCAAAUAAAAAAGAACAAGCAAUCUAUGGCAGACUUGAAGUUAAGGCGUUUGACCGAGCUGAACAGCAGGCUGCGAGAGGACUUGGAACGAGAGCGAAUCCCCGUGUCACAGGCUGCUAAGAGCAUAAUUGCAUACUGCAACAGCACGAGGGAUUAUAUGGUGCCUUCUGUAUGGGGACCCGUUACAAAAGGCGAAGACCCAUACGCACCUCAACAAAACACAGGAUGUUGUUCGGUCAUGUAG